UCUGGACCACAUGUUGACUACAGACCAGAAAGGAGAGCUGCCCAAGACCCUGACUGACAUGUACGCACACUUUCUGCUGGUUCAGACCAAGAGGAAGAAGCAGAAGUAUGAUGAGGGACAUGAGACGAGUCCACAGGAGCUGACGAAGACCGACAGGGAAGUUCUUCUGAAGCUGGGGAGGCUGGCGUUUGAACAACUGGAGAAAGGAAACAUCAUGUUCUACCAAGAAGACCUGGAGCGCUGUGGUCUUGAUGUCCCAGAGGCCUCACUGUACUCAGGAGUUUGUACAGAGAUCUUCAAAAGAGAGAGUGUGAUCUUCCAGAAAACCGUCUACUGCUUCGUUCAUCUGAGUGUUCAGGAGUUUCUGGCUGCAGUCUACUUCUACCACUGUUACACCAACAAAAACACAGAGGUACUGGAGGACUUCCUGGGGAAAGACUGGAAAUCCCAAAAGAGUUCUUUAUACCUGCAUAGUGAUUCUUACCUGACUGAUGAUGAUAAUGAGGGUGACACUGACUCAUCUCUGGAUGUCUUCCUGAAGAAAGCCAUGGAGAAAUCCCUGAAGAUUAAAAAUGGCCACCUGGACCUGUUUGUCCGUUUCCUUCAUGGCCUCUCUCUGGAGUCCAACCAGAGACUCUUAGGGGGUCUGCUGGGUCAGACAGACAACAGUCCAGAAAUCAUCCAGAGAGCCAUUAACAACCUGAAGGAAAUUAAGAUGUAUGACAUCUCUCCUGACAGAAGCAUCAACAUCUUCCACUGUCUGAUGGAGAUGAACGACAGCUCAGUCCAUCAGGAGAUCCUAGAGUUCCUGGAGCCCGAGAACAGAUCAGAGAAGAAACUCUCUAUGAUUGACUGCUCAGCUCUGGCCUACAUGCUGCAGAUGUCAGAGGAGGUUCUGGAUGAGUUAAACCUGCAGAAGUACAACACAUCAGAGGAGGGACAACAGAGACUAAUUCCAGCUGUGAGGAACUGCAGAAGGGCUAUACUUUCUCGCUGUCUACUCUCUGAGAUUCAUUGCGAAGUUGUUGCCUCAGCUCUGAAGUCCAACCCUUCCCAUCUGAGAGAGCUGAACCUGACUGACAACAAGCUGCAGGAUUCAGGAGUAAAGCAGCUGUGUGCUGGAUUGAAGAGUCCUCACUGUAGACUGGAGACUCUGAGAUUGAGGGGCUGCAGUUUGUCAGAGAACAGCUGUGCUUCUCUGGCCUCAGCUCUGAAGUCCAACCCUUCCCAUCUAAGAGAGCUGGACCUGAGAGACAACAAGCUGCAGGAUUCAGGAGUAAAGCAGCUGUGUGCUGGAUUGAAGAGUCCUCACUGUAGACUGGAGACUCUGAGAUUGAUGGACUGCAGUUUGUCAGAAAACAGCUGUGCUUCUCUGGCUUCAGCUUUGAAGUCCUCCAAUCUGAGAGAGCUGCAGCUGAGAGACAACAACCUGAAGGAUUCAGGAGUAAAGCUGCUGUGUGGUUUUCUGGAGAAUCCACGCUGUAAACUGGAGACUCUGAGAUUGAUGGACUGUGGUUUGACAGUGACCAGCUGUGAUUAUCUGGCUUCCGCUCUGAAGUCCAACCCCUCCCAUCUGAGGGAGCUGCAACUAAGAGACAACAAGCUGAAGGAUUCAGACGUAAAGCUGCUGCGUGAUCUUGUGGAGAGUCCACACUGUAGCCUGGAGACUCUGAGAUGGAAGUGGACUCACUAAGAGUGAUCAGGAAUGAGGAUCUUUUGAGACCGGUCGUCGAGUCCACCGCCAUCCCUGUGUAUCCCUCUGGAUCUAAGAGAGCGAUCAGGGUAUCUGGACUACUCUGCUGCUGCUCUGUCCUUCUACACAGUUUCUGCAGACACACUGAGACUCCUCCACUCUUUCUCCUCCCCACUCUGCGACCACGUCCUCCUCCCCCCCACCUGGACCUGGGUUUCAUUUUCUCUUUAUUCAUUCACAUAUUCAGAACCCAAAGUUCCUCCGCAUGACAACAACUGUAUAUUAACACAGUGGUUCCCGAAGUGGGGUCCAUGGACCAGAGGUCCUUGAGUGUGUCCCAAGGGGUCCACAACAAAAAGGGGACUCCUUUUUUCAUUGGCAUCUUCACUAUAAUUCCAUCCAUAAGGAACACAAUGACAGAAUGUAUGACAAUUUUGUUCAUGGCUUUCAUACACUUUCUAUAAUAAAACACCUAAAAGCAAAAAUCCUUUAACAUGGGGGACCCUGGGA